CCUCGCUGGAGCGCGGCGGCUGCGGGCGCAGCUCCAACCGGCUGGCCCGGCUGUCGGACGGGAGCCGCGCCUGCGUGCGCUACGGCGUGAGCCCGGAGCAGAUCCAGGGCGAGGCGCUCUCCUACCACCUGGCCGGGCUGUUGGGCAUGCAGCAGCGGCUGCCGCCUAUGGCGCUGGCGCUGGUGGAGGCCCGCGGGCGGCAGUGGGAGCCGGUGCGGGAGGAGCUGCGCGGCUCGCACUGGGCCGAGGGCGCGGUGGUGAGCCUGACGCGCUGGGUGGACAACCUGACGGCCGUGGUGGCCCCCGCGCCGUGGGGCGGCGGGCGGCCGCGGGCUCUGGCGGCGGGAGAGUUGGGCGGGCUGCCCGCGGCGCAGCUGGUGGAGCUGGUGCAGUGGAGCGACCUGAUCCUCUUCGACUACCUGACCGCCAACUUCGACCGCCUGGCCAGCAACCUGUUCAGCCUGCAGUGGGACCCGCGCGUCAUGCGGCGCGCCACCAGCAACCUGCUGCGCGCCCCCGACGGCGGCCUGGUCUUCAUGGACAACGAGGCGGGGCUGGUGCACGGCUACCGCCUGCUCGCCACGUGGGAUCCCUACAACGAGCCGCUGCUGCGCUCGGUCUGCGUCUUCCGCGAGGGCACGGCGCGGCGCCUGGCCGAGCUGCACCGCCGCCGCAACGCCGCCGCCGAGCUGCGCCGCCGCUACCGGGCCCGCGAGCCCCUCUGGGCGCGCCUCGGCUUCCUGUCGGAGCGGCAGGCCGAGCUGCUGCAGGCGCGCGUCGACUUCGUGCACCGCCACAUCGCCCAGUGCCGCGCGCAGGCCGCUGCGCUCUGACGGCACCCGCCGCCCCCGCGCCUCCGCUCCCCGUUUCCCCACUCCCCGCCCGGCGAGGCUCGGAGGUCCCUUCGGCUUCGACCCCUCCGCGGGAGGCGGAACGAACAGUUCCAGCGCGUUCUUUCUCCUGCGGCGAACGAACGUUGGCACUGGGACCGAGGACUGGUCGCGCAAUGGGGCGGCCCCCGAGUGGCGAACUGCCCUCUCUGAAGCUUGGCUCCUACCGAUUUCCCUUAAGGAGAGCAGACCUGUCGCUGGCAGUGUGUCCUGCCGCGAGCGGGUGCUCCGGUAGCUGUUAGUCUGUGUUGUGGGCUCAUCUGGUUCCGCUGUUCUGAUCCCCAAGUGUGUGUCUGUAGUCGUCGCCAUCCUUUGAUUUGACGGUAAAAUAACGGACUGACGGUGACAGAAGAGGACCCCUGAAGCAUCGCUGUGUGCCGAGACUUGGACGCAAUAGUUAAAGUGGAGAAAAAAACUGUUCCAUGCACUUUACUUUGACUUUUUAAUUUUUUAUAAACAAAAAGACCUUUUUAUUUUACAAAGUCUGCCUUUUAUGUACAUUCUAUAUGUUCAUAAGCUUUUCUGUAACAUACUAAAGAAACUGAUAUUUCAGUAAAGCGUGUUGGUGAUUUGC